AUGAAAUGGCACAAAGGAAAAAAAGAAAUAUCCGUACAACAAGUGUUUGAUCUUAUCAUUAAUUUAUCUAAGAAAUCCUGUAUAUCAACUAGAACACUAAUUGAAGCAGUUUUGGUUUUAUUGACAGAAAAGUUUUAUUUUGAUGAUAAUAAUGAUAAACUUAAUAUUUCAUUAAAUUUUACAUUAGGUGAAGAAUAUUUUAAUCGAAAUUGGCCUCUUAUUGAUCAACGUUUAACACAAGCAGGUCGUCGACUUGCAUUAUUACUUAAUCAAUUAGAUAAAAAUCGAUCAUCAAGAAAACUUCCACCAGAUACUCAAGCACUUAUUAUUGUCUUAUGUAUUGGUUUAUCUAUUGUUAUUUUUGCUGCACUAAGUGUUUAUAUAUAUAAACGAAAAAACAAUACGAAACCUGAUAUAUUGAUGUGUGAUUAG